AUGGCAGAUACGAUUGAGCCCAAUGGGCUGAAGAACGCACGUUACGAAAGAACGCAGCAGCAGCCAGAGAACCCAUUCGCAUCUCUGAUACCAAACCAAACGAUCGCAAUCAUCCCCAGCUUUACUCUCGAAUCCGGCGUUACCCUGCACAAUGUUCCUCUCGCUUAUAGCACCAGAGGAAAGCUCUCUGCGAACCGCGAUAAUGCGAUGGUUAUUUGCCAUGCUUUGACUGGAAGUGCCGAUGUUAGUGACUGGUGGGGUCCAUUGCUAGGUGGACCAGGACGCGCUUUCGACAUAUCAAGAUUCUUCGUUGUAUGCAUGAACAGCUUAGGAAGUCCUUAUGGUACAGCGAGUCCUGUCACCUGUCGAGAUGGGAAUCCAGAGAACGAAAGAUACGGUCCUGAAUUUCCACUUACAACUGUGAGAGACGAUGUGAAUUUACACAAACUCCUUCUGGAUGAAUUGGGGGUACGCCAGGUCGCGGCUGCGAUAGGUGGUUCGAUGGGAGGGAUGCUGGUACUGGAAUGGGCAUACUUUGGCAAAGAAUACGUCCGGUCAAUCGUACCAAUUGCAACAUCCAGUCGGCAUAGUGCUUGGGGUAUUAGUUGGGGUGAAGCACAAAGACAAAGCAUUUAUGCGGAUCCUAAAUACGACGAUGGUUACUACCCUUUUUCGGACCCUCCCUCAGCUGGACUCGGUGCAGCCCGCAUGUCUGCUUUGCUCACAUAUCGAAGCCGGAAUUCUUUCGAGGCCAGAUUUGGUCGGAACACACCUGAUGCAUCGAAGCAGCAAUCCAUCAGUGGAUAUCAACGGCCGUCGACGCCGUCUGAGGAGCAUUUGGCGAUUCACAAUGAUGGGCAUCGAUCAACCAGGUCGCCAAUUUCUCGAUCCGGCAGCUCGACGACAAUUUCUAGUACAAAUGGCACAAACCCUUCAAACUUUACCGAUCCACAGUUCCACGGUGCUACGCCGUCACUUCCCUCUUCCCAAGAGCAAACUCGUCCGACCAAUAGGCAGCGAGGCACUUCGACGUAUUUCUCUGCACAGUCAUAUCUUCGCUACCAGGGCGAGAAAUUCGUGAAACGCUUCGAUGGAAACUGCUACAUUGCUAUAACUCGCAAACUUGAUACACACGACGUAUCGAGGUAUCGUGUUCCUGCCGAUUCAGCUAAUCCUAUAGCGGAAGCGCUUGCUCAAAUUGAACAGCCGACACUUGUGCUGGGCAUCGAGAGCGAUGGGCUCUUCACAUUUGAUGAACAGAAGGAAAUUGCUGCGUCCAUUCCAAAUGCAAGAUUGCGGAAGAUAGAUUCGCCAGAAGGUCACGAUGCGUUUUUGUUACAAUUUGAGCAGGUCAAUCAUCAUAUCUUGGAAUUCUUAGCAGAGGCGCUUCCAGAUAUAAUGGGUGGUCCUGGGGUGGAGGGUGCAGAGGAGGAUGACAAGGCCGCUGGAGCGGCAGCGCAAAAGAGUGUGGUUUCUGAAGUGGAUGAUAUUACAGCUUGGUAG